GGGGUUGAUAUAUCGGGGUAUAUAGCUUCCCUGGCCUCCGUACAGUUUAGAAGGAGCAAGCUCGGCAAAACCAUGAAUCUCCUAACCUUCUUGUUACUAGCGACGGUCGCUGUUGCCAAGCAGCCUAACAUCUUGUUCAUUUUGACAGACGAUCAAGGAAAAUAUGUCGGUGGCUUAGAGCAUAUGCCCAAGUUGCAGAAAACACUCGUUCAACAAGGAACAAGUUACUCUAAGCACUUCUGCUCAAUUGCACUAUGCUGUCCCUCGCGAGCAAACCUCUGGACCGGCCGCAUGCCCCAUAACACGAACGUCACAGACGUCGGCCUUCCCUACGGCGGCUACCCUAAAGUAGUUUCAGCAGGCUGGAACGACAAUUACCUCCCUCUCUGGAUGCAAGAUGCAGGCUACAACACCUACUACGUCGGCAAAAUGUGGAACGCCCACACAGAAGAGAACUACAACGACCCGUACGUGCGUGGAUUCAACGGCUCAGACUUUCUCCUAGACCCUUACACCUACCGGUACUGGUAUGCGCGGAUGACGCGCAACGGCGCGCCGCCCGUAAAGUACGACGGGAACUACUCGACGGACGUGAUUGCGGAAAAAGCAUCCGGGUUCAUCGACGACGCGGUCAAACAAGACAGGCCGUGGAUGUUGACUGUAGCGCCGAACGCGCCGCACUCGAACGGGUCGCAUGACUCGGCGCGGAACGCGAACUGGUUCGGGGAGCCGGAGUUUGCACCGAGGCAUGCGGAUCUGUUUAAAGAUGUCAAGGCGCCGCGGGACGAAAGUUUCAACUCGUUGAUUGAGAAUGCCGUCAGUUGGGUGGAGAAUGUGCCAGAGUUGAACCAGACGCAUAUCGAUUAUAUUGAUGAGUUCCAGCGGUGUCGGCUGCGGGCGUUGCAGGCUGUUGAUGAGAUGAUUGGGGAGCUUGUGGAGAAGUUGGAGAGGCUGGGGGAGCUGGAUAAUACUUAUAUUUUCUUUUCAACGGAUAAUGGGUAUCAUCUGGGGCAGCAUCGGAUGCAGCCUGGGAAAAAUUGCGGUUAUGAAACUGAUAUAAAUGUCCCACUUAUCGUUCGAGGACCUGGUAUUGGUAAAAAUGUGACUUUGGACGCAAUUACCAGUCACACUGAUCUGGCACCGACCUUCCUUUCCAUAGCUGGAGCCACCAGGCAAGGUCUGGAUGGUAAGAAGAUUCCGACGACCAUCGCAGCCAGCACUGCCCACAACAGAAACGAGCAUGUUGCCAUUGAGUACUGGGGACUGGCCGUGCCGGAAGGAAUCUACGGCUACGCCAGUGACAAGCUGGACCAAGCGCACAACAGCUACCAGCGCAACACAUACAAGGGAAUAAGACUAGUGUCUGACGACUACAGUCUGUACUACGCAGUAUGGUGCACGAAUGAGAAAGAAUUUUACGAUCUCAAGGGCGAUCCGCACCAAACCAAGAAUCUCGGCGCUCAACCAGCCAAGCAAAGCUACAAGAUCGCAAAUCGCGAACUCCCGCAGAUCAUCUCUCGGCUCAAUGCCCUAGUGCUGGUUCUGAAGUCCUGUGAAGGCGACGCGUGUCGAGAGCCAUGGCUACAACUCCACCCAGCGGGCAAAGUGAAUAGUCUUGCUGAAGCGCUGGACUCGGGCUUCGAUACGUUCUAUGCGAAUCAGCCGACGGUUUCCUUCUCGUCUUGUGAGAAUGGGUAUAUCAUCCCUGCGGAGGGGCCGCAGGGGUUCAAUGCUUAUGGGGCGCAGAGUCGGAGGGGGUGGUUGGAUGGGAUUUGGUAA